GUGGUGGCCGAGGAGGCAUGGGAGAACCACAUCAAGAGGAAUGACUCCAUCGUCGUGGACAUCUUCCACGGACUCUUCAAGUCCACCCUGGUGUGCCCCGUCUGUGCCAAGGUCUCCGUCACAUUUGACCCCUUCUGCUACCUGACCCUGCCGCUGCCCAUGAAAAAGGAGCGCACCCUGGAGGUCUACCUGGUCAGGUUGGACCCCCUGGCCAAACCCACACAGGUAACUACAGUAUCUGGGUUGUAUUCAUUAGUGCACACCGUAGCAAAAGCUUUUGCAACUGAAAACAAAAACGUGUUUCUUAUUGGAUAGCACCUCCCCGUUUUGCCUUGUUUGCUUCUGUUUUGUAUCUAGUGUAUAUGACCAAGGUCAGUCUGGACCCCCUGGCCAAACCCACACAGGUACUGAGCUGUUACCGCUUACCUAGAAAUGAGUCAUCCUUCACAUAUUGUGGUCACCCACAAUAUUCUCUGCUUUUGAAUGGAUAUCCUCUAAAGUGGAUUUGAGUAUUUUGUAAUCAGUUUAUGCUCUGAAUAGGGCCAGAUGGAAUCUGCAGGGAGGUCCUUUUUAUCAAUACCUUCUGAAAGCAUGGUGUAUAUUUAAUGAAUCUGCAGCUAUUCAUUCUUCAUGGGGCUUGGGGAAAUGUUGUUCCUGCGGAUGAAGUUAUGAGGUAGUCUUAGGACCCCAGCUUAAUGGGCGUUUGUCUUUCUCUGUGUUUCAGUAUAAACUGACUGUGCCCAAGGUGGGCUACAUAUCAGACCUCUGUACCUCGCUCUCCACUCUAUCUGAUGUCCCUGCUGAGAAGGUAAGACACACACACACGUCUGUCCUGCUCUUAACUAAAUCAGUUCUCCCUCGAAAAAUAGGUUUUUAACCUCAAGGGAUUUUAUACCUGGUUAAAUAGAGGCUAAAUGAAAAUGUACGCUCUGGAAUGGCGUACAGUGCAUUCGGAAAGUAUUCAGACCCCUUCCCCUUUUCCAGAUUUUGUUACGUUACAGCCUUAUUCUAAAAUGGAUUAAAUUAAAUUGAGCUCAGGUGCAUCCUGUUUCCAUUGAUCAUGUCAGAGCAAAAACCAAGCCGUGAGGUCGAAGGAAUUGUCCGUAGAGCUCCGAGACACGAUUGUGUCGAGGCACAGAUCUGGAGAAGGGUACCAAAACAUUUCUGCAGCAUUGAAGGUCCCCAAGAACACAGUGGCCUCCAUCAUUCUUAAAUGGAAGAAGUUUGGAACCACUAAGACUCAUCCUAGAGCUGGGCACCUAAAGGUCUCUCAGACCAUGAGAAACAAGAUUCUCUGGUCUAAUGAAACCAAGAUUGAACUCUUUGGCCUGAAUGCCAAGCAUCACUUCUGGAUAAAACCUGGCACCAUCCCUACGGUGAAGCAUGGUGGUGUGGGGAUCAUGCUGUGGGGAUGUUUUUCAGCGGCAGGGACUGGGAAACUAGUCAAGAUCGAGGGAAAGAUGAACGGAGCAAAGUACAGAGAGAUCCUUGAUAAAACCCUGCUCCAGAACGCUCAGGACCUCAGACUGGGGCAAAGGUUCACCUUCCAACAGGACAAUGACCCUAAGCACACAGCCAAGACAACGCAGGAGUGGCUUCGGGACAAGUCUCUGAAUGUCCUUGAAUGGCCCAGCCAGAGCCCGGACUUGAACCCAAUCGAACAUCUCUGCAGAGACCUGAAAAUAGCUGUGCAGCGACGCUCCCCAUCCAACCUGACAGAGCUUAAGAGGAUCUGCAGAGAAGAAUGGGAGAAACUCCACAAAUACAGGUUUGCCAAGCUAGUAGCAUCAUACCCAAGAAGACUCGAGGCUGUAAUCGCUGCCAAAGGUGCUUAAACAAAGUACUGAGUAAAGGGUCUGAAUACUUAUGUAAAUGUCAUUUUUCUAUUUUUAUUUAUUUAUACAUUAGCAAAAUAUUCUAUAAACCUGGUUUUGCUUUGUCAUUAUGGGGUAUUGUGUGUACAUUGAUGAGGGAAAAAAAGCAAUUGAAUCCAUUUUAGAAUAUGGCUAUAACGUAACAAAGUGGAAAAAGUCAGGGGGUCUGAAUACUUUCUGAAUGCACUGUAUGUGUACUUAAGAUGUUUAUAUUUUCUUUCCAAAUUCAGAUGAUUGUAACAGAUAUCUACAACCAUCGGUUCCAUCGGAUCUUUGCCACCAAUGAGAACCUCAGCAGCAUCAUGGAGAGGGACGACAUCUAUGUGUGAGUGUCAGAUGCAGACUAUUCUGGGAGGGACUACCUGAACCUGUCCAAUAGGAAACACUCAGUUUUCCCUUGCAAAACAUUUUGCUACGGUAUGCCCGAAUGAAUACGACCUUUAACUUACAAAAGAUGCAGAAAUCUGCAACACAUUCACCCUACCCUAUACAGUGCCUUGCAAAAGUAUUAAUCCCCUUGGCGUUUUUCCUAUUUUGUUGCAUUACAACCUGUAAUUUAAAUGGAUUUAAUGGACAUACACAAAAUAGUCCAAAUUGGUGAAGUGAAAUGAAAAAAAUUACUUGUUUCAAAAAAUUCAAAAAAAUUCAUAACAGAAAAGUGGUGCGUGCAUAUUUAUUCACCCCCUUUGCUAUGAAGCCCCUAAACAAGAUCUGGUGCAACCAAUUACCUUCAGAAGUCACAUAAUUAGUUAAAUAAAGUCCACCUGUGUGCAAUCUAAUUGUCACAUGAUCUCAGUAUAUAGACACCUGUUCUGAAAGGCCCCAGAGUCUGCAACACCACCAAGCAAGCGUCACCAUGAAGACCAAGGAGCUCUCCAAACAGGUCAGGGACAAAGUUGUGGAGAAGUACAGAUCAGGGUUGUGUUAUAAAAAAAUAUCAGAAACUUUGAACAUCCCACGGAGCACCAUUAAAUCCAUUAUUAAAACAUUGAAAGAAUAUGGCACCACAACAAACCUGCCAAGAGAGGGCCACCCAUCAAAACUCACGGACCAGGCAAGGACGGCAUUAAUUAGAGGGGCAACAAAGAGACCAAAGAUAACCCUGAAGGAGCUACAAUGCUCCACAGCGGAGAUUGGAGUAUCUGUCCAUAGGACCACUUUAAACUGUACACUCUACAGAGCUGGGCUUUAUGGAAGAGUGGCCAGAAAAAAGCCAUUGCUUAAAGAAAAAAAUAAGCAAACACGUUUGGUGUUCGCCAAAAGGCAUGUGGGAGACUCCCCAAACAUAUGGAAGAAGGUAUUCUGGUCAGAUGAGACAAAAAUUGAGCUUUUUGGCCAUCAAGGAAAACGCUAUGUCUGCCGCAAACACAACACCCCGAGAACACCAUCCCCACAGUGAAGCAUGGUGGUGGCAGCAUCAUGCUGUGGGGAUGUUUUUCAUCAGCAGGGACUGGGAAACUGGUCAGAAUUGAAGGAAUGAUGGGUGGCGCUAAAUACAGGGAAAUUCUUGAGGGAAACCUGUUUCAGUUUUCCAGAGAUCUGAGACUGGGACGGAGGUUCACCUUCCAGCAGGACAAUGACCCUAAGCAUACUGCUAAAGCAACACUUGAGUGGUUUAAGGGGAAACAUGUAAAUGUCUUGGAAUGAAUGGCCUAGUCAAAGCCCAGACCUCAAACCAAUUGAGAAUCUGUGGUAUGACUUAGAUUGCUGUAGACCAGCGGAACUCAUCCAACUUGAAGGAGCUGGAGCAGUUUUGCCUUGAAGAAUGGGCAAAAAUCCCAGUGGUUAGAUGUGCCAAGCUUAUAGAGACAUACAACAAGAUACUUGCAGCUGUAAUUACUGCAAAAGGUGGCUCUGCAAAGUAUUGACUUUGGUGGGGUGAAUAGUUAUGCACGCUCAAGUUUCUGUUUUUUUGUCUUAUUUCUUGUUUGUUUCACAAAAAAAUGUUUUUGCAUCUUCAAAGUGGUAGGCAUGUUGUGUAAAUCAAAUGAUACAAACCCCCAAAAAAUCCAUUUUAAUUCCAGGUUGUAAGGCAACAAAAUAGGAAAAAUGCCAAGGGGGGUGAAUACUUUCGCAAGCCACUGUAGUUCUGUAGCUUUGAGGUGGCAUUUGUUCUUAAUAACUAACUUAACGUAGCAGGCGUCUGAGCGGAUUUUCUUUCUUUCUGGUCCUGACGAGAAAGAAAAAAAACAGCACAGAUUCUCUUCUGCACUGUUGAACCAAUCCAGUAAAAGUGGAAGAGGAAUUAAGAUGGAGUGUCGCCUUGUUAACGUCCACAGGCUCUUUCCAUUUCCCCUGAAAACUGGAUACAUCUGGUUGUUGCCGAGCCUGCAGAGGGUGGUUCUUAACUGACUUGCCAAGGUAAAUAAAGGUUAAAUUAAUGGGGGGAAAAAUACAUCUCUCCUUGUUGUACAGCUUUGAGGUGGCAGUGAACCGGCUGGAGGACACAGACCAUGUGGUGAUCCCAGUCCACCUUAGAGAAAAGUACAAGCAGUCAGGGUACAACCACACCUCCACUCCUCUGUUUGGCCAGCCCUUCCUCAUCACUGUCCCCAGAACACUCAGCGAGGACAAGCUCUACAACAUGCUGCUGCUGCACCUCUGGUGGGUCACACACACACACACACUCGCGCAUGCAUACAGUCUAUUCGGAAAGUAUUCAAACCCAUUGACUUUUUCCACAUUUUGUUACGUUACAGCCUUAUUCUAAAAUUGAGUGAAUUUUUUUUCUUUCUCAUCAAUCUACACACAAUACCCCAUAAUGACAGUCAAAACUGGUUUUUACAAAUGUUUGAAAAUGUAUUUUAAAAAACAAACAGAAAUACCUUAUUUACAUAAGUUUUCAGACCCUUUGCUAUGAGACUUGAAAUUGAGCUCAGCUGCAUCCUAUUUCCAUUGAUCAUCCUUGAGAUGUUUCUACAACUUGAUUGGAGUCCACCUGUGGUAAAUUCAAUUGAUUGGACAUGAUUUGGGAAGGCACACACCUGUCUAUAUAAGGUCCCACAGUUGACAGUGCAUGUCAGAGCAAAAACCAAGCCAUGUCAAAGGAAUUGUCCGUAGAGCCCCGAGACAGGAUUGUGUCGAGGCACAGAUCUGGGGACGGCUUCCAAAACAUUUCUGCAGCAUUGAAGGUCCCCAAGAAUAUAGUGGCUUCCAUCAUUCUUAAAUGGAAGAAGUUUGGAACCAUCAAGACUCUUCCUAGAGCUGGGCACUCGGCCAAACUGAGCAAUCGGGGGAGAAGGGCCUUGGUCAGGGAGGUGACCAACAACCUGAUGGUCACUCUGACAGAGCUCCAGAGUUCCUCUGUGGAGAUGGGAGAACCUUCCAGAAGGACAACCAUCUCUCCAGCACUCCACCAAUCAGGCCUUUAUGGUAGAGUGGCCAGACAGAAGCCACUCCUCAGUAAAAGGCACAUGACAGCCUGCUUGGAGUUUGCCAAAAGGCACCUAAAGGUCUCUCAGACCAUGAGAAACAAGAUUAUCUGGUCUGAUGAAACCAAGAUUGAACUCUUUGGCUUGAAUGCCAAGCGUCAUGUCUGGAGGAAACCUGACACCAUCCUUACAGUGAAGCAUGGUGGUGGCAGCAUCAUGCUGUGGGGAUGUUUUUCAGUGGCAGGGACUGGGAGACUAGUCAGGAUCGAGGGAAAGAUGAACAGAGCAAAGUACAGAGAGAUCCUUGAUGAAAACCUGCUCCAGAGCGCUCAGGACCUCAGAAUGGGGCGAAGGCUCUCCUUCCAAUAGGACAACGACCCUAAGCACACAGCCAAGACAACGCAGGAGUGGUCUAUUUUUCAGCCAAGACAAGUCUCUGAAUGUCCUUGAGUUGCCCAGCCAGAGCCCAGACUUGAACCCGAUCUAACAUCUCUGGAGAGACCUGAAAAUAGCUGUGCAGCGACGCUCCCCAUCCAACCUGACAGAAUUUGAGAGGGUCUGCAGAGAAGAAUGAGAGAAUACAGGUGUUCCAAGCUUGUAGCGUCAUACCCAAGAAGACUCGAGGCUGUAAUCGCUGCCAAAGGUGCUUCAACAAAGUACUGAGUAAAGGGUCUGAAUACUUAUGUAAAUGUGAUAUUUCCGUUUUUGCUUUGUCAUUAUGGGGUAUUGUGUGUAGAUUGUUGAGUUAAAAAAGCAAUUUAUUCAAUUUUAGAAUAAGGCUUUAACGUAACAAAAUGUAGAAAAAAUCAAGGGUCUGAAUACUUUCCGAAUGCACUGCACAUACAUACAUGUGCUUUACAACAUGCUGCUGCUACGCAUCUGGUGGGUAGGUAACCAUCUCAGAAACUGCCACUAACUAACCUUGUGCUCUGCGCUCUUGUUAAGUACUUAGCCUAAUUGUGACAGAUGUUGCUAUAAAAAGGGCUAUAUAAAUACUUUUGAUUGCUCUUUUCAUUGUUUCUAAGGAAUCUUUUUAGUUUCUAGUGUAAACUAGGCUUUGACACAAUGUCCCGAUUUUUAUAUGUUUUCUCAUGAAAUGUUUUAUACUCCGGGAGCACUGAAGAACUGAGUAAUAACACCAUUGAGGGUGGAAUGAUUUUGAGGGUGGAUGUUUCUUUCUUCGGGGGGAGCAUAUCAAUUAUGUUGAGCGGUUAGAUGUUGGAGUAUGUCUGUAUGUAUUGAAUGGUAACUGAUUAUAUUAAUAUUGUGUGUUUGUGUUGUAUGGGACAGUCGGUUUGUGCGUUCUGUCGUUGAGGAGGACGACACUGUGGAGACAACCCCCUCUUCUAAACAACACACUGUCAAUGGCAACGCUACCAAUGGAGUCCUGGAGGAGGGCUCGCCCAGUACGUAACACACACACGCUCAAACAGACACAUACACAUGCGCUCACCUGGGCCUUUUUACUGAAGAAUGUGUUUGUUUCAUAUGAUUGUGUUUCCCUUUGAUGUGUGUUGUAAUUGAUGUGUAAGUAGAUAUGUAUAGUGUAAUUGUUUUAUUGAUGUGUUCAUCUGCGAAAGAGACUGUGGUCUCAGCAUUAAAUAAAGGUUAAAUAAAAAAUUUAACCCCUGUCGAUAAAGCUAUUUCGAAAUUUGAUCAGCUGAUCCACUCCAUUCCAGGCGAGAUGGAGACUGACGAGCAGGAUGGAGACGACGAAUCCAGUCAGGACCAGGAGCUGCCCUCUGAGAACGACAACAGCCAAUCAGAAGACUCUGUGGGUGGCGGGGACAAUGAGCUGGAGAACGGGGUUGGUCCAGAGGGAGAGAACUCGGGGACCAAAGCUCACCAGAACCAGACGUCUACGACUAUGGGGGAGAAGAAGAGAUUGUUUACAUUCCAGUUUAACAACAUGGGCAAGACGGACUUUAGCUUAAUCAAGGAGGAACCGCGGCAGAUCCGGUUCGACGAGGGACACCUCAGACUCAGUGGUAAGAUCUGCAUUUUACAUUCAGUACGCAGAUGAAGUCACAACCCUCCAAUAAAGAUAAAAACAUGGUAACGUUCUAGUAACAUUAUACUUAUUGUAAGCACUAAGCAGUGCCUCUACUAGUUGUUAAUGCACAAUCCACCUUUGUCUUUCCGUUACAUUCUCACCUUUACAAUGAGUCUUAAAGGGUAUAUUGCUCUGUCUCUGUAACAGACAGGUCCUAUCUCUCUUUGGACUGGGAACCAGAGGUCAAGAAGAAACACUUUGAUGAGGGUAUCACAGAGGUAAGGCUUUCUACUCUCCUAAUAUUAGAAACCAUUUUACCUACACUACCCUCCGUAUUUAUUUGGACAGUGACGAUACAUUUUGCCCUAUACUCCAGCAUUUUCUAUUUGAGAUCAAAUGUUUCAUAUAAGGGGUCACCUUUUAUUUGAGGGUAUUUUCAUACAUAUGUUUUACCAUUUAGAAAUGAAUUCACUAUGUAUCUAGUCCCCCAAUUGGAAUACUUUUUUUUCAUAAGUAUUUGAACAAAUUAACUUAGUGUAUUAAAGUAGUCAAAAUUUGAGUAUUUGGUCCCAUAUUCCUAGACUACAUCAAGCUUGUGACUCUACAGACUUGUUGGAUGCAUUUGCAGUUUGUUUUGGAUAAUGUUUUGCCCAAUAGGAACUGAAUGGUGAAUAAUGUAUUGUCAUUUUGGAGUCACGUUUAUUGUAAAUAAGAAUAAACUUCUACAUGAAUGUGAAUGGUACCAUGAUUAUGGAUAAUCAUGAAUGAAUUAUGAAUAAUGAUACGUGAGAAAGUUACAGAGGAACAAAGAUCAUACCCCCCCAAAAAUGCUAAACACCCCUGUUAUUGGUAAUGGUGAGAGGUUAGCAUUUUUUGGGUGGGUAUGAGCUUUGUUCCUCUGUAACUUUCUCACUCAUCAUUAUGACAGGUGACAUUCUGUACUGUCGCCUCAUAUAAAACAUUUUAUCUCAAAUCCAAAAUGCUGGAGUAUAGAGCCAAAUAUACUAAUUUUUGCGUCACUGUCUAAAUAAAUACAGAGGGGAGUGUAUAUCAAUUAAUGUCAGACUCCUCUGUAUGGAUGUCUUUGUGUUUGUCCUUAUGCAUUCAAACUAGAACAGUGUUUCCCAAACCUGGUGUGCUAGUUUGUAGAUGAAAUAGUUGGAAUAGCUGGAGGUAUUUGAGCAGAGGCUUGGGAAACACUGUUGGAGAAUGAAUGUCUCUCUUUAAGCCUUGGAUGGUAAUAAUGCUGGACUAAAUAAGUAAUAACCAAAAUCUCGCUCUGCCUGUGAACAGGACUUUGAGAAGCAUGAGAGCAUGGAGUAUAAGCCUCAGAAGAAAGCCUUCUUCAAGCUGAAAGACUGCAUCGAGCUGUUCACCACGAAAGAGAAGCUCGGAGCUGAGGACCCAUGGUGAGACUUACCUUCAUAUUGUCAAGGCUAAUAAAGAAAAUAAUGAACAUUUAAAAGAACAGUACACUCAAAAUACAAAUUAACAUGGUAUUAGUCUCGGUUAACCCAGAACUAAAAUCUUCCGUAAUUUGGUCACAUGCGUAAUUUAUCCUGGCUGUCUCAGGUACUAAGAAAGUGGAUGCUUUUUUAAAUUGUCAAAUAAAAUAUAAUAAUUCAUCCAUCUAUCCCAGGUACUGUCCGAACUGCAAGGAGCACCAGCAGGCCACUAAGAAGCUGGACCUGUGGUCUCUGCCUCCAGUCCUAGUGGUCCAUCUGAAACGUUUCUCCUACAGCAGAUACAUGAGGGACAAGCUGGAUUCACUAGUCGAUUUCCCACUCAGGUACGGUUUUGACCAGAUGGCCAUACUUUUCUGUCAAAAUAAGCUAUCAUGUCAAAGUUUAUUAACAAGUAAAUUAAAAACAUUAUUUCCCUAUGACUUAAAGGGAUACUUUAGGAUGUUGUUCUACUUCCCCAGAGUCCGAUGAACUCGAGGAUACCAUUUUUAUGACUCUGCGAGCAGUUUGAAGGAAGUUGCUAACAUGCAUGCCCAUACACUUUUUGGCCGGGGUAGGCAGUCAUUGUAAAUAUGAAUUUGUUCUUAACUGACUUGCCUAGUUAAAUAAAGGUUAAAAAAAAUAUAUAUAGUCCAGUCAUUGUGCUAACGCUAGUUAGCAUUUGCUUGCAAAACUACCUCUAACUUCCUUCAUACAGGACAAAGACAUAGAAAUGGUAUCCACAAGUUCAUCGGACUCUGGGGAAGUAGUUAAAGGGCCUCAUUGCCAAAAUGAAGUAUCCCUUUAAGUUGUAAAUCACUUACACAAAUGUUGAAUAUCACUUGAAGAGAAAACAAGGAAUGCUCCCCCUCAUGAAUGGUUCUUUGUGUGAUUCUCUCUCCAGUGACAUGGAAAUGUCAGAGUUCCUGAUCGACCCUAAUGCUGGUCCCUGUCGCUACGAUCUCAUUGCGGUCUCCAACCACUACGGAGGCAUGGGAGGAGGACACUGUAAGUCUGAUUUUAAGUCUCCUUAUAUGACAAUUUGGCUAUUAACACUAGAAGCGCAGACGACGUCGUUUGAACAUAAUGUGUAUUCAAAAUGGUAAAUUCUGACAUUGCUAGCCAUAUUGUUUUCCGAGUUGAUUCAAACAAGGAAGUUGAACCAACAGUCUUAAUUCAAUGCUUGCUUGUAGCAGACAAAUGCUGAUCUUCUCAUCUUAUCUUUGGGACACUUAGAUACUGCUUAUGCGAAGAACAAGGAUGAUGACAAGUGGUACAACUUUGACGACAGCAGUGUCUCUCCAGCCAACGAAGAUCAGAUAGUGGUGAGUUUCAUGGUCCUCUAACAUCUUGUCAGAUACACAGCACUGCCCAGUGUGAAUUGAAUGUGCACUUCAUAUUAUACUGUAAUGUAAGCCAUUAACCUGCAUCCUGAAUGUGUAUGAUGUUAUAGCAAUUUAGAUAUAUCUUUUCAGUUCUCAAGUUUCAUUUUGUUAUUACUACACUGUAUAUCAAGUUACUGUGCUGCUGUGUGUAACUCUUUGUGUGUGUUCAGUCCAAAGCAGCGUACGUGCUGUUCUACCAGCGCCAGGACACAGUGAAGGGAACAGGCUACUUCGAUCUGGACCGAGAGGAAGAGGAGGAGAGAGAAGGAAAGGAGGAGAGGAAGAGCAUCGCCCCAACCCCGCGGGCCUCUGCUUCAGUCCAGAGUGACAAAGAGGAUGUCAACGACAAUAAGAAUGAGAAAGAGCAGGAGCCUAGCUGCGACGUCACCAUGAAAACCAACUGAGCUGGAGAAACGGAGACAGAGCGAGAGACAGGAAUAUCCAUCCAAAGCCAUAUCGACAGACACAGAGCAGUGGGCCAGCCCUGAGGCUGCGCUCUGACCUCUGACCCCAUCCAGCCCUACAAAGAGUGGGCUACCAGGGGAAACUAACCACUGAGAAGCUAGUCAGUGCUGGAACACCCAAGCAACAUUACUAAAGCAAUCAGGGCCUAUAGAUGUCUGUGGUCUGACCGACCGGUCUUAUCCGGGCUGCAAUGAGUCUCCACCAUGUCCAUUCUACAUGAAUCAUCCACUCUGGAGGAAAAUAAGUCAAGCUCUGUUCUGAUUCUGAACAAUGACAUCAUACUGAAAUAAAAUAGAUCCAUUUGAAGCUUUAGGAAGGCCUGCAUUACGGAGUUCAGUUCAUCAUAGUAUCAAACACAGAAUGUCACAGUGCAGUGGUGUCGCUGCUUUGGCGCUUCCAACCGAUCCUCCCUCCCACCCACCAGCUUAAAUGUUGUUUUAAAAAAAUAUUUUUGAGAGAGCAAUGCAUUGGCAUACCAUUUUAUCAUUAUUAUUAAGCUAAAUAUAUUUUUUGAAUGAACACUGAAUUAUUAUUAUUAGGUUUUCAUGAUGCUCUGAAGCUUUUUGGGGGAUUCGUCCUAAAACUUUCAUUUUGUUACACAAUCACCUCCACCCCCAUAAAAAAAAAAAAAAAAAUUGUAUAUUUGUGCCACAUACUG